AUGGAGUUUGUAUUCAGUUCUUUAACGUACUUGUUGCUUUUCGUGUUGACCGCCGUAUUAUUGUUCCUGAUUCGAGACGAAUUGAAAACGAAACAAGUGGACCACAGAGCGGGUCUCGUCGACCCUCCAGCACCCAAAGCGUGGCCGAUAAUUGGCCAUUUGUACCUGAUGGCCCGGUAUAAGGUACCGUAUCGAGUGUUUGACGAAAUUAUGGCCGACUUGGGAUCCGUGUUCCGCUUGGAUCUGGGAUCUGUACCGUGUGUUGUCGUCAACGGAUUAAACAACAUCCGCGAGGUGUUAAUGAUAAAAGGCGACCAUUUCGACAGCCGCCCUUCGUUCCGCCGGUUCAACCAGUUGUUCAAAGGCGAUAAAAACAACUCUCUGGCGUUUUGCGACUGGUCUCAGCUACAAAAAACUCGACGAGAACUGCUCAGAGCUCAUACUUUUCCCAACACCCAGUCCAACAUGUACACCCGAUUGGACACGUGUUUGAAAACCGAAUUGGCUGAUUUAACAGACACCUUAGACACCAUGGCCGACACUGAAUGUGUGGACAUCAAGAACAUGUUGCUCCACACAUGUGCCAACGUGUUCAUGUCGUACUUUUGUUCCACCCGCUUCUCCAGAUCCUACGACAAGUUCAGAGAGUUUAUCAAAAAUUUUGAUGACGUGUUUUAUGAGGUAAACCAAGGAGCACCCUGUGACUUUCUGCCCAGUUUGAUGCCACUCUACCACUGGCAUUUCAAAAAAAUAAGGUCAUGGAGCUCAAAAAUCCGCAACUUCAUGGAAACCGAAAUAUUCAACAAGAGGAAAGCUGCGUGGGUGCCGGGCACCAAGCCAGUGGAUUUCGUGGACAACUUGCUGGAUGCCGUCACGCAGCCCGACCGGGACGACGGAUUCGACAUGAACAUCGGGCUGUUUUCACUAGAGGACAUAAUCGGCGGUCAUUCAGCCAUUACGAACUUCAUUGUAAAGACGUUGGGAUUUCUGGUGGACAGACCGGACGUGCAGCGGCGCAUUCAAGAGGAAGCGGAUGCCGUGAUUCGGGCUUCCGGGUCCGUCGGGCUCUCCGACCGAUCUCAGAUGCCGUACACCGAGGCCGUUGUUUACGAAUCACUGCGGCUGAUCGCCUCGCCGAUCGUACCACAUUUGGCCAACAGAGACACUUCGGUUGAUGGCGUCCGAAUCCGAAAAGGCACGACGGUGUUCUUAAACAACUACAGUCUACACAUGAGCCCGGAACUGUGGAACAAUCCCGAACACUUCAGCCCGGAAAGGUUCAUAAACGCGGAAGGGAGGUUAGAGAAGCCGGAAUACUUCAUACCGUUCAGCGGUGGAAAACGGUCGUGCAUGGGAUAUAAGUUGGUGCAGCUAUUGUCGUUCUGCACUAUUAGCACGCUGCUGAACAAGUAUACAUUGCUUCCGGUUGAAGACGUAUCGUACGCCGUGCCAAAAGGGAACCUGGCAUUGCCGUUCGUCACUUUUCCCUUCCGGCUCAGACCCAGGAACUUCCGGAAACAGUGA